ACAAAAGCAUUAUUACAAAAUGAAUUUUCUAUCUUACAACUGACAUUGCUAAUUCUUGCAUCACCCAUUUCUUUUUCCUUUUCCUUACAAAAAAAUUCAUUUUUGUUAUUUUCUAAGCAUUGAAAAAACCCUACAUAGCCAAAACCUGAUUCCCAUUUCUCAUUUUUUUUCUUCUAAUUUUACAUUACCUUAUCACUAUCCCCUGCAACAGAAGCAGAAUCAGCAAGAAAAAGCCCUACAUUAACCCCACUCCAUUGUCUUCUUCCUCCUAUCUAUCACUCUGUUUUUAUUUUUGUUGUUGUUGAACAUUACUAGUAUUCAACAGCUAAAGGAAAUUAGCAAAUACCCAUAUGGAUUUUUCAUAUUCUUCCCCUUCACAUUUCAUUCUUAGUUUCUGUUUUGCUCUCCUCAUUUUAUCCAGAGGUGUUUUAGGGGCUACAUUUACAUUUGUGAACAAAUGUGAGUACACAGUAUGGCCAGGGAUUCUAGCAAAUGCAGGUAGUCCAACUCUGCAAAGUACUGGAUUUGAGCUUCCUCAAGAGUCUUCACGUGUAUUCACUGCACCCACUGGUUGGUCCGGUAGGUUUUGGGGACGAACCAGUUGUACGUUUGAGGGAUCCGGGUCGGGUUCUUGCGGAACAGGGGAUUGCGGCUCCGGUGAGGUAGAAUGUAACGGUGCCGGAGCUGCUCCGCCUGCUACUCUAGCGGAGUUUACGUUGGGUACUGGUGGGCAGGAUUUCUAUGACGUGAGUUUGGUGGACGGGUACAAUUUACCUAUGGUGGUAGAAGCGUCGGGCGGGUCGGGUAUGUGUGCGACAACGGGUUGCGUAACGGAUCUGAAUCAAAUCUGCCCGUCGGAGCUGAGGAGUGGCGGUGGAGAGGCAUGUAGAAGCGCGUGUGAGGCGUUUAACAAGCCGGAGUAUUGCUGCAGCGGCGCGUACAAUACACCGUCCACUUGUAAACCGUCAAUGUACUCACAGAUGUUCAAAUCUGCUUGUCCAAGAUCAUACAGCUACGCUUAUGAUGAUCCUACCAGUACUUUCACUUGCAGUGGUGCAGAUUAUACCAUCACAUUUUGCCCCUCCACCCCAAGUCAAAAAUCUACAAAAGAUACAACACCCAAUGGUGAUGGGUCAUAUGGUGCUACUGGUACAGGAGUUGUGGACCCUGCAACAGGAGGAAUCGAGUCAAGUUCGGGUCAAAUGGGAACCGGAUCAGGCACCGGGUUUGAGUUCGGUGCAGGAACAGGAUAUGGGUCAGGGUCAGAAUACAGGUCAGGAACCGAAACACAGCCUGGAUCCGGUUCACAAGCUAUGCUAGCAGAUGGAUCCUAUUUAGCUGGACUGGCUAUGGGAGAAUCAAGUAGGGCAUUUUCUCCAUUGAAUUUAGCAGGCAGUGCUUUGGCUACAACUUUGGUUUCAUUAAUUUUCUUGUAGUUGUAAUGGGGAGUGGUGAUUUUUUUUUCUUGCCUUUUGUCUAGUAAAGCUGAUAGAUUCCUCCAGAUUGUAAGCCACCACUUUCUAUAAAUUAAGCUUCUUUUUUAGCUAUGAAUCUUUCUUUUUCUCUUCUUGUUGUAAUUGGCCAUAUUUUUCCUUUUUUUUUCUCUUUAAAAUGUGUAUAUAUAUUGUAAUGCAAUAUUCUUUAUCCCCUA